AUGGAAAGGGCGAAGCGCCGAUUCGCCUCGGCGCUCGAUGGGCUGCGGUCGAUCGGAAAAGUGGAGGUGAAUGUGGAGGAGAGGAUACAGCCCGAACAUUGCGCAUUCUUCAAGAUUGUGCGACACGGGUUCCCGGAUGAUGCUCGUUGUAUCACCUACGAUCCAGUCCAAAGACUCCUCGCCAUCGGAACUGGCCAUGGCACCGUUCGGAUUGUUGGCGAUGUGGGCGUUGACUAUCUGCUUCGACACGAGACCGAACACGCCGUCCUCCACGCCCAAUUUCUUAUAAAUGAAGGCGGUCUGAUCACGGCCUGCUCAAACGACCUGAUCCACCUUUGGAAUUUCCGCCAAAAACAGGCGGUCAUCGUGCAUUCGUUGCAAUUGAGCAAGGAGUCCGUCUCGUGCAUACAUUUGCCGCUGCAGAGCAAGUGGCUUUUCGUCGGCACAGAUAAGGGGAAUGUAUAUUCCGUCUCGGUGGGCACUUUUCAAAUGAGCAGCUACGUCAUCAACUGGAACAAGGCGAUUGAUUUAAGCUGUCGAGUCCACCCUGGCCCCGUCAAACAAUUGGCAGCAUGCCCCACCGACCAGUCGAAGCUGUUGAUCGUUUUUGAGAAGGGCGUGGCCGUCAUUUGGAAUCUAACGUCCAGAGAACCAGAAAGAUUACCGUUGGACCCACCGAUAAAAUGCGCCAGUUGGCACUACGACGGGCGUCAAAUAAUGUGCGGAAACGUCGACGGUUCGGUGUCGAUAUUUAAUAUUCGGAAGGUUGGAGAGCCGGUGCAGAGGUCCACCCCACACGGUCAGGGGCCAUGUCGACCCAUUCACCAACUUGAUUGGAGACAUUGGAAUGAGAAUAACGAGCAGCUGGUUGUUUUUAGCGGAGGUAUGCCCAGCGACGACGGUCCGCCCAUGCCGGCGUUGACCUUGUUGAAGGCGGCCCGAUCGGCGACGGUGCUCGAGAUGGACAACCCGAUUCUCAGCUUUAUUACGCUGUCCUCGGUGCCAUGGCCGACGGCUCCUCAACAACCUCAUGCCGUUGUCGUUUUGUUAAAGGGCGACAUUAUGUAUAUCGAUUUGCAGAAGGAGAACUACCCUUGCCUCGAGUCCCCACAUGCAAUGGAUCUACACGAGAGUCCAGUGACCGCCCUCAGCUAUCACUCCGAAUGCCCUUCCGAUUUGAUGGGAGCCCUCGCUCUCGUUGGAUGCAAACAGCGGAAAAAGGGAUUUUCGGAUCGGCAAUGGCCAAUCAACGGCGGAGUGGGUAGAGAAGCGGCCAGCGGAUACCAGGAGCUCCUUAUUACAGGGCAUAAAGACGGAACUGUGCGCUUCUGGCAGGGCUCCGGUGAACAUCUCCAGAUUCUAUAUCGACUGAAGACGGCUUCCCACUUUGAACGUCUUGAACAGGGCGACACGCUGAAGGACGUCUCCUAUGCCGUCAAUUCGUUGCAUCUAUGCCCCGAGUCUCGACUACUGCUGGUGACCGGCCAGGCCGGCCAGUCGACGCUCUUCCGGUUUAACAAGACGGAGAGCACGAAUACGAUCGCGGUCGUCAACCUCCCUGCCGUCUGUUCCCAUAUCCCAAAUGGGUAUGCAAAUGCGGACGAUCGGCCGUCAACUUCGACCUGUCGCGAAAUGAGACGGCAGAAGAAGUUCGAUUCGCGUGACACUGACGCGUCGACGGAUACGGAUGAGGAUGAGGAUGGGGGAGGACGACUCUAUCCAUUCAAAGUACGCGGCGCUCCCGUGAAACGAUCGCCCGGAUUUCAGCCGGAACUGGCGUGUAUGUUGCCGUGGCCAUGCCCCACGAAGCCUCCACCCAUCCAAGCGGCGGCUCUCAACUCUGCAUACGGUGUCAUAGCCAUUGCCAGUCAGGGCGGCCUGGCGCUUGUUGAUAUUGCUCAGUGCGCCCUCAUCUACGCCUGGGCCACCGCCGAACUCUACGGGGCCGAACCCACGCCAUGCGUCCAAUUGACAUCGCAGCAAACCACCGAUAGCUCCACAUUUUCUGCCGAGGAUUACGAUGGUGAAUUCGUGUCGUCCCUCUCCUUCAUACACUCGUCUACCCGGAAAAAUGACGGAAAAUCGGGCGCCUCGCUGUGGGUGGGUACAUCAAAUGGAGCAUGUCUGGGUCUCUCGCUCCUCCUCCCCGGUGAUCGUCUCUCAUCUACCGUUGUCGUCGCCCCAUCAGGCACGGUGAUCCGAUGUCGAGGCCAGGUGCUGCACUCGUCAUUUAUGGAUGGUGCAUUCUGCCUGCUUGCCCCCGCCGUCGAGCCGUUCAGGGAUGCCUCGAGGGAUAGCCCCGAUCAUCAGGUAUCGAAUCGCGUGCGAACGAAGACAACCGUCUCCCCCACCGUCUCAAACAGCGUCGAUUCCGAUGGGGGCACCAAUGGCCAACAAUCUACCGACAUCUCCCAGGUGGCGAUCGUGGUGGCAGAAUGGGAGAUACGUGUACUCGCCCUGCCGUCAUUUUCGCUCAUUUUCCAUCACAAAUGCGACGAAAUUCCGUUGGUUAAGGCUUCAUCCUCGCACGUCAACGGCCAACCAGUGCUUCUCUGCCUGUCAGCAUCCGGUCAGCUUCUCUGCUUCUCCCUGCCCUCUCUCCGGCCCCUUCUCUCGCAUCAGCUCAUCCCGCAUUCCAUCGACUAUGACGAUCCGAUUGUGCAAAAAGCGGCUUUCUCGGAGCAUGGCCUUGGUGUCUACAUGGUCAGCCCCAGCGAGCUGGAAAAGUACACGGUAUGCGCGGAGUUGGGUGAUCAAGUGGAAGAGGCGCUCGGCGAGCUGUUCGUCCCCGUCGACAUGCCCGAGGCCCCAAAACAGACCGGAUUGCUCAAGGGCGGUCUGUCAGCCCUCUUCUCUGCCAAUUCCCGGCAGGAAACCGUCGACCUCGAUACACUAUUCAGCGACAAGGAUAAGCCGCCCUCCGCCGCGACGUCGAUGCGCAGCGUGGCCAAGAUGAUCCCCGGUCCGCAGAUAUCGAUGGAUCGGGCCCAUCAAGGAGGCGUCUCCGCCGGUCUGGCUGCCCAAAUGGCCCUGCAGAAUCUCAACGAGCGCGGCGAGCGUCUCAACCAGGUCGCCGACGCCACCGAGAAUUUGAAAAACUCGGCACAGAGCCUCUCAUCGCGAACCGGCAAACUGGUGGAGAAGUACGAGAAGAAGAAGUGGUACAACUUC